ACUACCAUUGGGCCCAGUGCCCCGCUGAUGGGCCCUACACCAGGGCCGCUGGGCCUUGCAAGUGCCGCAGUGCCGCUGCCAGCGUUGACACAAGGCACGAGCUACCGUACACCGUACAGGACGUUCGACUUGGUCAUGGAGAGGCCGAGUCGACGGUGCUGCGGCAGCUCUUCUCCCUGGGCGAUGUCGGCGCUGCCAAAGGAGUUCGUCCGCAGCACCAAGGCCAACCUCGGCAACACGUACGGCAAGGGCCUCAAGGGCCUCAAGCGCUCCGCCGCGGUCAAGGCCAAGAUUGCGGCGGCCCUGAAGGGCAAGAACCCCACCGCCGAGACCAAGGCCAAGAUGCCCGCGGCCAUGAAGGGACACACCGACAGGAAGGGCAAGAAGGGCACCGCGCGCUCCGCCGAGACCAAGGCCGAGGUCUUGGCCACCAACUCAGAGGGUGCUGGCGCGCGAACGGACGGGCGGCGAAGCGGCCAGGCGCGCGCGUCAGUCACGUUCGUGCGGGGCGAGUAGACAAUGACAAGCACACCAGCUAUAUAGAGGGCAUCCAAUUGUAGUAUGACGAAUGCCAAACCGCAAAGAUUGAGCGAUUAAGGAGUCUGUCUCACUUCUGUCAGUCAACCAGUCAGCAGGGAGCACUGUGCGCACAUAAUAUGUUCUACAAAUAGAUACUUAUUCAAAACAUCCCAUGAUCUCAAUGAUGCCCAGAGAGUCGCGUCCGCGGGCAAGCUUGCUGGUGGUGCAUUUGGCUCGCUCGCUGCGCUUCAGGGGAACCGUCCGCGCGUAAAGAAUACAGAUCACUCCGAUCUAUUCAAAAUAUACUAUGCAUCGCGCAUAGGCCCCUUGGGGAGGUUGCACAAUGGGGGGCCAACCGGUCCCGCGCUUCGCAUCCCUUCAGCCGAUCUUGGCGCUUGCAAAAAAGUAAAGGUGCUGGGCGAGCUGGCUAUUCUUCAACAUAAGAGUCAACGCGUUUCGUUCACCCACCCCACAAAGUGCAUCUGCUUUGACCAGCGUUUUCUCACAGCAAACGCUCUUAAUAAUUAAUGGCGCGCCGCUGGGUGGGGCGUCAGGGCGCGAAUAGUCAGUUACACUUGGUCGCAGCCUUGAAAGCGGGCUGGGGCGCACGCCAGACCCCAAAAACACGCCAGGAGGCACACUUUGGAACAGCAUGUGUAGAUGAGUGGCUAAAAAUGCGGAGGUUGCUGUUGUGCGAAGGAUAGGUGUGGAGGUGAUUGCGGACUUCUGGUCACGGCUAGCUGCGUUUGUGAGUCUGCGUCGGCCUCCGCGCCGCUGGGACCUUGUCCCGAACCAGCACCCAUUCCUAGCGUCAGAUGAUGUUGGAGGGGUUAUCUUGGUAGGGCCAACAGCGGACUCGCCACCGGCCUCACCCUAGCUUGUCAGCUUAGGGACUCGCAAUAAGAGGUAGUCUUAUGACGCCGACCCACGGCUUAGGUGAGCAACGCUAGCGUUUGCGGUGAGCCGGGCCUGGGGUUCCUCCCCUCUCCGGAGGCGAGGAGCAUGGGGGUCAUUCGGGGAUCUCUCCUCGGGUGAGCGUGCGUGUCUCGUACGUUUUUGGGGCCCUGGCUAGUCCACGGCUGUCGUCCCACAUGUAACCUCUAUCAGCUAAAAAUAGCCCGCCCGUGGGCUUUGUACGCGGGUGGUCUUGCGCCACGAUGCCGGAGUUGGGUGCCGGAGUCACAUCAAGGUCGCAAGAUCGAAACCCGUCAGGAACGGUUCGGCUCCGUUACCUGUGUAGGCACUGAGCAUACUUGUGCCGAACUUCCCCGAACGAGCGCCAUCUCGGCCUUCCCAGGUCGCUGCUCUACGGGUGAGGAUGCUGGUGCGGCGGGUUCUGAUGGUUUCCCCGCGAGAGCUAUCCUGCUUUCUAGAAGCCGGUCUGCGAGCCAGUUGGCGCUGAUGCGCCGGGGCAGGAGGAGGCCCCUGAUUAGGGAAUGUGCGUCACCCAGCGCCGAUCUGCGAGCCCGUGUUUCGAGGCGUUACCGUGGCCCAGUAUGGCCGAUGGUUGCAGACAACCCCCCUCCCCCACAUACCUAAAAAGCGCCGCGUCUGAUACAGCGCUGAUUAACCAUAUUGACUGGCCAGAACACUGAGCGCAAGACUUGUAAGGUAGGUAUGGA